AUGGAUGACAGUAUUUUACCUGAGGCCAUAAUACCUCCUCCACCAGACUGCAUAAGAAUGACAACAAAUCACCCACCACAAAUAUCUUUGUUAAAUACUUCAAUGGAAUCAUUGAGUAUCUUUCGCAGUCCAAGCGUUCAAUUAAUCGUCCAAGAGACAUGUAUAGGGUAG